AUGCUGGCGCUGGAAUCAGGGAUGACCAUGGACGAGGUCAACAAGUGUUCGUUGGCCGCCAGCAAUGCGUGGGCGGACGAGUGCAUGGCAAAGGCCAUCAAGCCCUCGAAGGCCAAUGUACAGGCCGUCGCCAUUCGAGGAUCCGGGCCGGCAGACAAGAUCACAGUAAGCUGGGUUCACAAAGCAUCACAUGGUUCCGGCGCCAUUCUGAUCUUCAGGCACUAG